AUGUCGACUGUCUUCAUCGCCUCUGCCUUCCGCCAGCUCCAGCGUCCUGCAUCACAGGAGGCAGUCGCUUCCUCGCGCGUUGAAGCUCCUCGACGGCCCGCCGGUGACAAAUCGGCGAUCAAUGGACGGCCAAAUUCGCCGAGCUUCGAGCCCCCCACCAAACAUGCCCGCCGUCGCUCGCUGCUCAUACGCGGCUCCGAGCUGCCCGUAGCCGACGCACGGUACCAAGAUGGCGGCGAGCAUGGUCAAACGGCGAGCAGCGGCGCUGAGACUCAGUAUGCGACGGACUCGCGGCCUUGGUGGUCCUCAGAGGCUCCGGUUAGCGCGCCUGUCCUGGGCACAUUCGACGCUCCCACCAACGCCACUGCCACUGCCCACCUCCCUCUCCACAAACAGCAUGCCGAGCUGCUCUACUCCAUCGCGCAAGAGGAAGCGCGCUGCGCUGAGCUCAGGGGACAGCUCGCGGUGCGCGAGGCGCGAUUGGCGGGGCUGAAGCAGCGAUGGGAGGAUCGGCGGGCGGAGAGGUGGGGGGAUCGCAGUCGAACGGAACCACGAGAGGAGGCAUAUCAGCCGGAAACGCGGGUGCCGAGCCAGGAGCUGGACGUGGAAGGAACCGGCCAGAAGGUGGAGGACGAGGACGACGAGGAAGGCGAUGGAAAGGACAGGGAGAGCAUCUUGGAGGAGACGAUGAGGAAGUUGGAGGGUAGGAAGGUUGAAGUCGACGAGGGAAAUGAGGAUGGCGGUGAAGGAGUUGCGGCGAAGAACGACAGCACACCAGCAUCCUCUUCGUCUGCAUCCUUACGGACAUCGUCAGUCGCGACAAUCACCGUCACGGACCCUACUUCCCCGGCCUCCUCGUCGACGUCUUCUCUAUCGUCUACACUGUCUUUCGGCGGUAUUCGCGACGCUCGCCGAUGGCUCAGACAAACCAUCUCCCCCUCUCCCGAAAUGCACCGCUGCGCAAGCGAGCUACGCCCCGCCGCAACACCGCGUCUCGAUGCCGUACGCGAGCGGUCUGUCCGCGCAGCCAUCUGCCUGUACUGCGAGCGGGCCAUCCACCUGCACUUCCAGGGGCCCAUCCACGUACGAAUCUGGACGCCGUCGGAGAUGACGAUCUUUGCGCCUGAGGAAGAAUGGGUUUGGGCGUGGUAUUUCGUGGGGAGGACGUGCGUCCUGGACCACCUCACCUGGGACAACCUAUGA